AGCAAAGUGAAGCGGUAGAUUUUUGGCGGAGGGAAGAUCUGGAUAGGGGCCGCGGUCGUCGAAAUUCGUUUGUAUCGAAGCAAAUCACUCCCAACAUCAACGAAAAUGUCUCCCGCAGCUUUGGCCACCGCCGAAGCAGAAUGGCAAACGCAACUUGCAGCAAUGAGGGCUGCCCUAGCAGAUCUGAAAUUACCCCAAAGUGAAAAUAGAGAGAUGGCAGCUUACGGAUCUGAUAUACCCUUUGAUGACGACGACGAUUUUACUUCUGGGAACAGCGGGGAUGAUGUGUGGGACUUCAUCACCGACGACAAUGAAGCCCUUUACAGCAGUGAUCUCAACGAGGAUAUUGUCCCAGAAGAACCAACGCAAGGAUACGGCCCUCAGUGGUUAAAGAUCAAAUGUAUUGGCUUUGCAGCAAAGAAGCAGGGUCUCUCUGGAGAGGAUCUUCACGAGCAGAUCAUGGCGCUCUUGGCCUCGGAUAGCGUGGAAGAGGAGCUGCAGUCCACGCUCACUGAUAUCGUUGGUUUUGGUGAUUUGGACUUUGUAAUCGAACUCAUUUCUCAUCGGAAGGAGAUCAUAAAACGCGGGUCUCUCGACACGAACAAAGAAGGAGUCCUGGGGCGACUCCAGACGAAGCGUCAGCGCGAGGAGGCUUUGAGGCAGAGAGAUUAUGAGCAUAAGCAUGCUGAACUUGGACCAGCUCUGAAUAGAGAUGAGAUCCAAUAUCCUCAUGUUUACAAGGCUCAUCCUACUGCUGGCAACACCCUAGAUUCGAGAGGGAAGAAGUACGCAUUACCUGUGGGAAGCGAGCGGAAAGACCACGAAAGAUAUGAAGAGUAUUCAAUUCCAGCCGCCAAGGUUGGCGUGCUUGGGAAAGGCCGCAAGCUGGUCCAAAUCAAGGAGAUGGACGGUCUUUGCAGGCGAACGUUCAAAGGCUACAAGUCUUUGAACCGAAUGCAGAGUCUCGUCUACCCUGUAGCAUACCAGACCAGUGUGAACAUGCUGAUUUGCGCACCUACUGGUGCUGGUAAGACUGAUGCGGCAAUGCUCGCGAUCUUGCAUGCCAUCCGUCAAAAUAUUACACCGAAUCCUGCCGAAAUUCCAGAAGCAUCAGACUUCGUGGUUAACCUCGACGACUUCAAAAUAGUCUAUGUUGCUCCAAUGAAGGCUUUGGCUGCAGAGAUCACCCAGAAACUCGGCAGCCGUCUUGCCUGGUUGGGUAUCCAAGCGCGAGAAUUGACUGGAGAUAUGCACCUUACGAAGAAGGAGAUCGUCCAGACUCAGAUCAUUGUGACGACUCCCGAAAAAUGGGAUGUUGUUACUCGAAAAGGAACAGGCGAUACUGAACUCGUUCAGAAAGUUCGACUACUGAUUAUUGAUGAAGUUCACAUGCUUCAUGAUGAUCGUGGAUCUGUUCUCGAGUCGUUGGUCGCUCGAACGGAACGCCAAGUUGAGAGCACUCAAUCUCUUAUUCGCAUUGUUGGACUUUCAGCUACCCUUCCAAAUUAUAUAGAUGUUGCCGACUUUCUCCAAGUAAACAGAUCUGCCGGGUUAUUCUAUUUUGACGCAAGCUUCAGACCUGUACCGCUUGAGCAACACUUUAUCGGUGUCAAGGGCAAGCCUGGCACUAAGGCUUCGAGGGACAAUAUCGAUACAACUGCAUUCGAGAAGGUCCGCGAGAUGCUCGAACAAGAUCACCAGGUCAUGGUAUUUGUGCACUCAAGAAAGGAUACUUUCAAUACUGCGAAGAUGUUGUACGAAAAGGCAAUCGACAACUUCUGUGCUGAUCUUUUCGAGAACACGAGCCAUCCCCUCUACGAAGCUGCGGCAAAAGAGAUGAAAAGCUCUCGAGGUCGAGAACUACGUGAGCUGCUUCCUAAGGGUAUUGGUAUCCAUCAUGCUGGAAUGGCCAGAUCAGACCGGAACCUAAUGGAGAAGCUCUUUGGAAAUGGGGUUCUGAAAAUUCUUUGCUGUACCGCCACUCUAGCUUGGGGUGUAAAUUUACCGGCUGCAGCAGUCAUCAUUAAGGGUACACAAGUGUAUAGUGCCCAAGAUGGUAAAUUCAUCGAUCUUGGGAUCCUGGAUGUGCUCCAGAUCUUCGGUCGUGCUGGCCGACCCCAAUUCGAGGACACAGGUAUCGGGAUGAUCUGCACCACGCAAGACAAACUUGCCCAUUACCUGAUGGCCGUCACUUCACAGGUGCCAAUCGAAUCUCGAUUUUCGAAACACAUUGUGGACAAUCUGAAUGCCGAGAUUGCGUUAGGUACCGUCUCCUCUGUCCCGGAAGCUGUCGAAUGGCUUGGAUACUCGUACCUUUUCGUGAGAAUGCAGCGAAAUCCUCUGACCUAUGGUAUCGAUUGGGCAGAGAUUCGUGAUGAUCCAGAAUUAGUCCAACGUCGACGUCUUCUCAUAAUUCAAGCUGCGAGAACUCUUCAGAAAAGCCAAAUGAUCAUCUUCAACGAGGCAACAGAAGUGCUUCGAAGUAAAGACGUUGGUAGAAUCGCAAGUCAAUACUAUAUUCUCCACACCAGCAUUCAGAUCUUUAACAAUCUGAUGAAGCCUCAAGCCACCGAGGCUGAUGUGUUGACGAUGAUCGCUGCGAGUGGAGAAUUUGACAACAUUCAAUCAAGGGACAACGAAUCCAAAGAGUUGACAAAACUGAGGGAGGAGUCUGCUCCUUGUGAUGUUGGAAAGGGCAACGAUACGCCACAGGCGAAAACCAACAUCCUCUUACAAUCCUACAUCUCUCGCGCGUAUCUUGAGGACUUUGCACUUGCCAACGAUUCAAAUUACGUUGCCCAGCAAUCUGCCAGAAUUUGCCGAGCACUGUUCAUGAUCGCUCUGAAUCGUCGAUGGGGCCACCAAUGUCUAGUCCUUAUUUCGCUCUGCAAAUCUAUUGAAAAGAGGAUCUGGGCUUUCCAACAUCCUUUGCAUCAAUUCGAUUUGCCAAAGCCCGUCCUAAAUCAACUCGAUUCGAAGGAUGCAGUCUCAAUCGAGACCUUGAGAGAUAUGGAGCCGGCCGAGAUCGGCUCUAUGGUCCACAAUCACGCCGCUGGCAAGACAAUUUCUAAGAUUCUGGACAACUUCCCCACUCUCAGCGUAGAGUCUGAGAUCGCCCCUCUGAACAGGGACGUUCUGAGAAUCAAACUGUAUUUGACUCCCGAGUUUCGCUGGAACGACAAAUACCACGGAUCAUCUGAGAGUUACUGGAUCUGGGUUGAAAAUUCAGAGACUUCGGAGAUAUACCACCACGAAUUUUUCAUCCUGAAUCGUAGGAAGUUGUACGACGAUCACGAGCUGAACUUUACAAUUCCACUCUCGGAUCCCCUGCCUACUCAGAUCUAUGUCAGGGCAGUUUCGGAUCGAUGGCUGGGGGCUGAGACAGUCCACGCGAUAUCUUUCCAGCACUUGAUCAGACCAGACACAGAGAGUGUCUAUACCGACCUCUUGAACCUUCAGCCGCUACCGAUCACUGCUCUGAAGAAUCCCGCACUGGAAGAAAUUUAUGGUAAACGGUUCCAAUAUUUCAAUCCUAUGCAGACUCAAAUAUUUCAUUGUUUGUACCAUACAUCUGCAAACGUCCUUCUUGGCUCACCCACAGGAUCUGGAAAGACUAUUGCAUGCGAGCUCGCCAUGUGGUGGGCUUUCCGCGAAAAUCCAGGAUCAAAAGUGGUCUACAUUGCACCAAUGAAGGCUCUUGUCCGUGAGCGUGUCAAAGAUUGGGGUGCUCGACUUACUCAACAAAUGGGACUGAAACUUGUUGAAUUGACCGGUGAUAAUACGCCCGAUACUCGCACAAUCCGGGACGCUGAUAUUAUCAUCACUACUCCCGAGAAGUGGGAUGGUAUAUCGCGUUCGUGGCAGACCAGAGGAUAUGUGAGACAGGUGAGCUUGGUAAUCAUCGAUGAGAUCCACCUGCUAGGCGGAGACAGAGGACCGAUUCUGGAAAUCAUUGUCUCGCGUAUGAAUUAUAUUGCCGCGCAGUCCAAGAAUUCGGUUAGACUCAUGGGCAUGUCGACAGCGUGUGCCAACGCUAUGGACUUGGGCAACUGGCUUGGAGUCAAGGAGGGACUGUUCAACUUCCGUCACAGUGUUCGUCCAGUACCUCUUGAGACCUUCAUUGACGGCUUUCCAGAGGUCCGUGGGUUCUGUCCAUUGAUGCAGUCGAUGAAUCGACCAACCUUCCUUGCGAUCAAGUCUCAUAGUCCAGAGAAGCCCGUCAUCGUAUUUGUUGCCUCUCGCAGACAAACCCGCCUGACAGCCAAAGACUUAAUCAAUUUCUGUGGCAUGGAGGAAAAUCCGCGUCGAUUCGUGAAGACGUCCGAAGAAGACCUGCAAUUGAACCUUACCCGAGUGAAGGAUGAUGCCUUGAAAGAGGCACUGAGCUUCGGUAUUGGACUCCAUCACGCCGGUCUCAUCGAGUCGGAUCGCUCUCUUGCUGAAGAGUUGUUCGCAAACAACAAGAUCCAGAUCCUCGUUGCGACGAGUACUCUAGCAUGGGGUGUCAAUCUUCCAGCCCAUCUGGUCGUAGUGAAGGGAACUCAGUUCUUCGACGCUAAGAUCGAAGGAUACAAAGACAUGGACCUCACAGAUGUGCUGCAAAUGCUUGGUCGUGCGGGGCGCCCACAAUUCGACACCUCGGGAAUUGCUCGCAUCUUCACUCAAGACUCAAAAAAAGCUUUCUACAAGCACUUCCUUCAUACAGGAUUCCCCGUCGAGUCGUCCCUGCAUAAUGUUCUGGACAACCAUUUAGGUGCCGAAGUCUCAGCUGAAACCAUUGCGACGAAGCAAGAUGCUCUAGAUUAUCUAACCUGGACAUUCUUCUUCCGCCGCCUGCACAAGAAUCCCUCUUACUAUGGCCUAGAGAUCUCAGCCGAAGAACAUAACACGAUCGUUGCUCAACAGUUAGCAAACAACUACAUGAUAUCUAUGGUAGAUAAAUCCCUGGGCGAGCUUGAGGAGUCUAAGUGUCUCGAAAUGCACCCAAAUGGCGAUGUUUACUCCACACCGCUUGGAAAGAUUAUGAGCUACUAUUAUCUUUCCCACCGCACGAUUCGGCAUCUAGUCAAGCACGCCAAGCGUAAUGCAUCGUUCGACGAUGUGCUCUCAUGGAUGUCUAGCGCAACAGAAUACGACGAACUCCCCGUUCGCCAUAACGAAGAUCUCAUCAACGCCGAGCUUUCAAAGAAUUUGCCAAUCCCGGCAUCUCAUUUUGACGGCCUACCAAUGUGGGAUCCGCAUGUCAAAGCAUUCCUCCUUCUCCAAGCCCAUAUGUCACGCAUCGACCUUCCGAUCACCGACUAUGUUGGUGAUCAGACCAGUGUUCUCGACCAAGCAAUUCGUGUCAUCCAAGCCAGUAUUGAUGUCUUGACCGAGAUAGGGUAUCUCUCAAGCUGCAUGCAAAUGAUCACUCUAUUACAGUGCAUCAAAAGCGCUUGCUGGCCAUCCGAUUAUCCCCUGGGGAUCUUACCUGGAGUGCCGGCAACUCGACCGUCAAUUAAGGAACUGCCUGCCACCCUCCAAGAAUUCUCCGCUCAGUCGGAUGCUGCAUACCAGCGCACAAUCUCUGCGCUCAGUCUUCCGCCAGCAAUCCUCUCCCGCUUUAAGAAAGCUGCAGACAGCAUCCCGAAUCUGAAAAUUGAUGUUCGAGACAUUACCGCCUUGUCGCUGACAGUCCUUCUGAAUCGUCAGAACCAGCUAGCGGACAGGGAUGGCAAAAUGUAUGCUCCCCGAUUUCCAAAAUCGCAGACGGAAGGAUGGUUUGUGGUGCUAUGCGUGGAGGACAAGGAUGAGAUCGUGGCGAUCAAGAGACUUGGGUGGAAUACUGGUGAUUCUUCGAAAGGUCAGAACAGAAACCAAGGUGGGAGAGUCAGCGCUAGGGCUGUGAUUAAGUUGCCGAUAGAGGAAGAUGGCACGCUGAAGGAUGGCAGAAAGGUUGAUGUUUUGGUUGUCAGUGAUGGAUAUCUGGGGAUGGUGUAUAAGAUCAAGGGGGUGGAGAUUCCCGAUGCACCGAAGAUUGUCGAUGAUGGGAAGAAGGAUAAGCCCGGUGAUGGCAAGGAGCUUGGGGACAGCUCUGCUAAGAUGGCUGGGUAAAGUUUUGCGAAUAGAUGACAGAAUAUUAGACCUUUGGUGCUCUCAGCCAGCCCAAGAAAGAUAAAACCCAGUCUCGAGCCUUAACUAUCGGACCUCAACGAGGUAGCUCUCGUGGAUCGAGAAAUUUUGCACGACAAGCGACACUCGAUAUGCGCCGUAAGCUCCGUAGGCUAGUGUAGGAGAAUAGUGAGUUUACUCUUCAAGAGUUCCGUUUUAUGAAAAACUUUGAGAAUAUCUACGGAGGAGAGACGGUUAUUCAAGGAUUGAGAAUCUGGAGUUCAAACUAGUUCUCAGAGAAGAGCUGUUAAAAUAAGCGAAUCCUUUUCAAAUGGUUGAACACAAAGUUGGGUCUUUAAAC